AUGCAACAACAACACUUUGGCGCACCGCCGUCGUACCUCAACGGCGGCCACAUCAAGUCGGAGAACGGCUCUGAACGUGGCGUGUCGCCUCACCCUUCAGACUCGUCGCGUUACUCGUCGCAGCAACCGCAGCAACAGCUCCCCUCCUACCCUUCGAUUCCCCAACAGCACAUGAACGGCCUGCGUUACCCUUCACCCUCGCAAAUGCAGGCCCCUAUGCCCAUGCUGAACAACAGCAACUACAUUCCCACUCCCCCAGAGCACACAUACGCCCAGCAACAGCAAUUGCCAGAUGCUCAAGUCGGCCACCAGCACAACGGUGGCCGCCCUGCGUCUGACACGGGUCCGCCCAAGGCUUUCGCAUGCUCGACUUGUGGUAAAGGCUUCGCGCGACGCAGUGACCUUGCACGUCAUGAACGUAUCCACAGCGGUAUCCGCCCUCACGUAUGCGACUAUCCCAACUGCGGCAAGCAGUUCAUCCAGCGCUCCGCCCUGACCGUUCACCAACGUGUCCACACCGGUGAGAAGCCUCACAUGUGCGAGCGAUGUGGAAAGCCCUUUAGCGACUCCAGUUCGUUGGCCAGACAUCGUCGCAUUCACUCUGGCAAGCGCCCGUACAAGUGCCCAUAUGCCGAUUGCCAGAAGACUUUUACGCGUCGCACCACUUUGACCCGUCACCAGAACCACCACACUGGUACUGUUGAGGAAGCUGCCGCCGCCACUGCUGCUGCUCUCGCUUCGCGUGCUUCUCAGUCCAGCAGGACUGGUCGCUCAGAUGGCGGUGACUACUCUGAGACAGCUUCACCGCUAGGAACACCGUCCCCCAACGACCGCACCCUCUCCCUCUCGCCCGCUAACGGGAUGCCUGCUGGCGGCAUGCCUGGUCUGCACCGUCAAGGUUCCGACUACGCGUACAUGGGCGGCAUGAACGUCCCUCCUCACAUGCGCCACGAGAUGCCGCAGCCUAGCCCGCGUGCCUCCCCUGCGCUUACGGCACAGUCGUACGCAUCCAACGUGAGCGGCUCUCGCCCGGCAAUUACAUCUCACCCCAGCGCGUAUGGCCCGCCCCCGAUUCUUGAGCCACCGGCGUCUGCAAACCACGGUCAGUCUGGAGGUACCUCCAGUGCCAACGGAAGCCCGCACAUGUCUACCAUGGGCUGGCAAUCACCUGGCCAACAAGCGCUCCCAUCUCCCGGGGCCAAUGACAAUGGUUACGUCUACCCUGAGCCUCAGUACCAGGCUCAGAACGGCAUGUACUACCAGCACAACAACAUCCGCCGCCCAAACAGCACCGAACCAGAUCAUUACAACCCGAAUCAACAGAGGAUGGGCAACGAAAUGUGGGCUCCUGCCGUCCAAUAG